CCCUUUUCCGGAAACAAACAACGUUGCCUUGCUCUCAGGAAGGGGCUCCGUUCCCGUGAAGUCGUUGGAAACGGUUGAAGGGGUGCGGGGCUUUGGCGCUGCAUUAGUAGGCGACCUGCUGGAAGGGGGCGGCGUUUCGCCACUUAGCUAGGAUGCUGCGCGGCCUGAGCGGCUGGUUCGGCAUGAGCCGGGAAGGCGAGGAAGAGAAGCCGCCUCUCCUCGAAGGGGAAGCCGGAGCUGCUGCUGCUGCUGGCGAGGAGGGGGAAGAGGGGACUGGAGGGGACGCGGCAGUGCGGAACCCGGAGCAGGUGGAGCUGCAGAGGGACUCGGACCCGCUUCUGAACCAGGCGAAGGGGCUGGGCAAACAGCUUCAAAUGCAGCAUCUUGGAAAAGGUUAUCUCUUCAGUUUUGCCACUACUGCCACAAAAAAGAUAUCUGAGUCAGUUGCUGAAACAGCCCAAACUAUAAAGAAGUCUGUAGAAGAAGGAAAAAUAGAAAAUAUAAUUGACAAGACAAUUAUAGGAGAUUUUCAGAAGGAGCAGAAAAAAUUUGUUCAACAGCAGCAAACAAAGAAAUCAGAAGCAGCUGUGCCUCCUUGGGUAGACAGCAAUGAAGAAGAAACAAUUCAGCAACAAAUACUGGCAUUAUCAGCAGACCGAAGAAACUUCCUGCGUGACCCACCAGCUGGGGUUCAAUUUAAUUUUGACUUUGAUCAGAUGUAUCCAGUGGCAUUGGUAAUGCUCCAAGAAGAUGAACUUCUGAACAGAAUGAGAUUUGAUCUUGUUCCAAAGCAUGUAAAAGAAGAUGUGUUUUGGAGGAAUUACUUUUACCGUGUCUCCCUGAUUAAGCAGUCUGCACAGCUCACAGCACUGGCUGCACAACAGCAAGCCGUGAGGAAAGAGCAGAAUGGCAGCCACGAGGACAGACAGCUAGCAGAAACUGUACGACCAAAGACACCACCCGUAGCGAUCAAAUCUCAGCUAAAGCCUCAAGAGGAGGAAGAAGAAAUUUCAACUAGCCCAGGUGUAUCAGAAUUUGUGAGUGACGCUUUUGAUGCAUGCAGCUUGAAUCGGGAAGAUUUGAGGAAAGAGAUUGAACAACUUGUACUUGACAAGAGCAAGGAAACAACUAUAGUAGAAGAAGAAACUGCAGACUGGGAAAAGGAAUUACAACAAGAACUUCAGGAAUAUGAAGUAGUUGCAGAGUCAGAAAAACGAGAUGAUAACUGGGACAAAGAAAUAGAGGAAAUGCUACAAGGAGAAAAUUAACCACUUUGCAUAAAUGUUUUUUGGAAACUGAUGUGAACCCAUUUUUAUACUUGCUUCAGAGACUUUUCUAAGGCAUAAAAUUGCUCUUUGUGAAAGAAAGAAAGAAAGAAAGAAAGAAAGAAAGAAAGAAAGAAAGAACGGACUCCAGGUGAUAUGUAAUCGGGUGUAAAAACAGUUCUUUGAAAGUACUGUUAAUCAUCCAGUGACAUGUGAGGCAAGUUUUAAAAGUUAAUGAAACAACAAAAGUUGCUGGAAAAUGUUAACUGGAUAAUCGGAAGUGAAUUUUAAAAAUAAUUUGUGAGCUGCUUUCUGUACUGGGGUAAAAAUUGAAAACUUCCAACCAUAUUCCUACAAGUAAUAGGAAGUCAUGUUAAUAUUUUGAUCCCUUUGGCUCAUUUAUAAAUAUAAGUUCAUAAUACAUCUAGGUAUUAGUCCCUUAAUACCAUAUGUUCUCUUAGAAAGUGUUAUCAGGCUUUGUCUAUAGCUUUUUUUAUCUUAGCAGAACCUUGGCACCUGGACAUCAAAAGCGGUGAAGGUUUAGAGUGAUGAUACAGUGUGGCUAAUCAAAAAUUCAGUGAUUCAAUUAUCCUCACUUUAGUCACUAGACAGAUAAAACAAUGACCGCUCAAGAUAUACAUAAAUGGCACAUCAACUGGCUCAGGGUUCACUUACUUUAUUGGGAUUUUUUCACUCCAAGAAUAAUAGAGCGUUUUAGAAGAAAAACGGUUCAGUUCUUCUGUUUAGGAUAAAAGUAUCUCUUCAUUUAAUUGCUAAAAUGUAUAAUAUACUUUAGAGUGAAGCAUAGGUUAAAAAGUAGAACCAAAGUGUAGCAAGAAAUUCAGGCUUGGCCUGUGGGUGUGGUUGAGUAGUGCUAUACUCAUAAGUGUUAAAUGUUUAUUAAGGUGUGGGAGGAACACUGUAGUGUGAAUAAUCAGAAGUCAAAAUAUGACUGCCAUCCUAGACUGACAAGACAAACACUACAGCUGGAUAAAGGGUCAGAACUGAAUGGAAGGUAAUAUGUUAUAUUUCGCAGUGUUGCAGGAGACUACGCAUCUAACUUUGGGUCAGUAAUUUACUUCUAUUGCCUUUGUUUAAAAUGUAAAGUACUAGGAACUUGAUUUUUUGAGCAAACUGCUGGAGAAUAAACUGGUUACUAGUAACUGAAA